UCCCCUGUCCCCCCUCUCCUCCCCAGCAGACCCGCCUUCAGGGACUCUCGCGUGGGUCUCCCAGCUCCCGGGCUCUCCGGCCGCCGCUGAGCGCGGAGUCCGGCGGCAUCCGGGGGAGGCGAGUCCUGCGCAGGGCCGGGCUGGGGAAGACGCCGGGGCACUGCCCGGCGCUAACAAAGGGAGCCCGCUGCCGGCGUGCUGGGGCGCAGAGCCGGCGGGGCGGCCGAGAGUGCGGCGAACGGAGAAACCGAGGCCCGCGGCGGGGGAGAGGGCACAGGUAUCACAACAAACGCACGUGCGUCCUGGGAGCCCGGCGCGCCGCCAGCCCUUAGGAGCCGCCCUGCAGAACCGGCCAUUGUCUCAGCUGCCGGGGAGGGAGCGGCGCUCGGGGCGCCACUUGCUGGAGGAGGACGACAGGCACGUUUAAAAGGCAGAGUAGAGUGAAUUGUGUAGAGAUCUGCAGAGAGCAGCUCAGAGAAAGCAGUGACAUCCUGGACCGCAGCUGAAAUGAACUGACCCACUUGAGCCUGCCCAUGCCGUGGGGCAAGGCCUCUGUCCCAGCACUGAGGAGGAAGGAGAGGAGCCAGAAAGAAGAGGAAUAAUGUCCCCGUGGAAGGCAGCACCAUAGAAGGUAGCGGCGAGAGAUUUCCAGGGAGGAAGGUGCCAGAUACCAAAGAGCUUACCCCUGACUGAUGGAGUGGAGCAGAACGGUCUUAGUUGAUGCUUUUUGAUUAUCCUGAGAAAAAUGAACUUUGGCCUCCAGACCCAAUAAAGCAGACAUCCCAUGGAGAAUAGUGCUGGUUCCUGAGGACCCGGAGAGCCUGUGGCCCCAGGGGGAUUAGGCAGGAGCAGGCCUAUGUUCCUGCUCAGAACCACAUGGCUUCCUUGAACUCGUCUUCCAUUAUGAUUCACACCAACUUGAAGAAAAAAUUCAGCUGCUGUGUGCUGGUCUUUCUCCUGUUUGCAAUCAUCUGUGUGUGGAAGGAAAAGAAGAAAGGGAGUUACUAUGAGUCCCUUAAACUGCAAACCAAGGAAUUCCAAGUGUUGAGUCUAGAGAAACUGGCCAUGCAGUCUAGUUCCCAAACCGUGUCUUCAAGCGGCACCCACAACCCUCAGAGGGGCAGCCAGACCGUCGGCAGCCCCAAGGCCAAGCCACAGGCUACCUUCCAGGUGUGGAACAAGAACAGCUCCACCAGACACCUUAUCCCCAGGCUGCAAAAGAUCUGGAAGAAUUAUCUGAGCAUGAACAAGUACCAAGUAUCCUACACGGGGCCAGGGCCAGGUGUAAAGUUCAGUAAAGAGGCCCUCCUUUGCCACCUUCGGGACCAUGUGAACGUUUCAAUGGUAGAGGCCACAGAUUUUCCCUUCAACACCUCUGAAUGGGAGGGUUAUCUGCCUAAGGAGAACAUUAGAGCCAAGGCUGGACCGUGGGGCAGAUGUGCUGUCGUCUCAUCAGCAGGAUCUCUGAAGUCCUCCCAACUGGGUCGAGAAAUAGAUGAUCAUGAUGCAGUCCUGAGGUUUAAUGGAGCGCCCACAGCCAACUUCCAACAAGAUGUGGGCACGAAAACCACCAUUCGCCUGAUAAACUCGCAGUUGGUCACCACAGAAGAGCGCUUCCUCAAGGACAGCUUGUACAACGAAGGAAUCCUGAUUGUGUGGGACCCGUCUGUUUACCAUUCAGAUAUCCCAAAGUGGUACAAGAAUCCCGACUACAGUUUCUUCCGUAACUUCAAGAGUUAUCGUGAGCUGCAUCCUGACCAGCCCUUUUACAUCCUCAAGCCCCAGAUGCCUUGGGAGCUGUGGGACAUCAUUCAAGAAAUCUCCCUAGAGCAGAUUCAGCCAAACCCCCCAUCCUCUGGGAUGCUUGGCAUCAUCAUCAUGAUGACGCUGUGUGACCAGGUGGAUAUUUACGAGUUCCUCCCAUCCAAGCGCAGGACUGACGUGUGCUACUACUACCAGAAGUUCUUCGACAGCGCCUGCACGAUGGGCGCCUACCACCCACUCCUCUUUGAGAAGAACAUGGUAAAGUACCUCAACCGGGGCACGGACGAGGCCAUUUACCUGCUUGGAAAAGCCACGCUACCUGGCUUCCGGAGCAUUCGCUGUGAAGCGUGAGCUGCCGAGCCAGGUCCCCUCACCCUUCUCCAUCGUGCGUUUUGCAGCUGGUCUCUUGGCCGCCCUGGGCCCGGGAAGACUGUUCCUGAAUAAUCACAGCCUGUACUCGAGGCAGCAAGAACCCUGGGGCUUCAGGAACAUAAGGGACGGGACCCAGGCCCAGCCUGCCCUUUUGUCACGGGGGGGGUGUGAACCCAGAGCCUCCCACCACGCUCAUGGACACACAUGCCUAGCAUUCCUUCCGGUCAGAGUCCUCCCUGCCCUCCCCCGCCCCCCCCUUGGGAAAUGCAAGAUCCACCUUUCCCACCAGGGCAGCCAAAGCUGGGCUGCUUGCCCCACUGGAAUGAUGUUAUUCUUGCAAACCAGUACUGUGUAAUGCUUCAAAUCUCUACCUACACACUGAUUUCAUGUUUUAAACCCUCCCGUGUUAUGACCGUGCCAGUACGGGGUGCCUCUGAGGGGCAGUGAAGUGUCGCAAGGCAUAGGAAACAUGGUCAGUUCCUCCAGAACGAAGCUGCUCCGAAGGUCCAUGCCCUGGGAGAGGCCGUGUUCCUGUCCCUCCGGCUGGUGUGGCAGCCCUUGGCCUCUGUGCGCGUGAGCAAAGGGUCUUGAUGAACCCACAGCCGUCUCCAUGUGAGAGGCGAGUACAGAAAAAAAGAUACGGCCUCCAUCCUCACGUUGCUUACGGCUCAGUGCGAGUGACAGAAUGGAUUCAGCGUGCUCGGUGCACUGUGGGCUUGUCGGGGGGCGGGCUGGCUGUGCUGCUGUCGUUGUACCCAGGAGGUGCCACGCCCUUCCUGUGUCAGUGGGUCAGAGGGCUUCGUGGAGCUGGGGACUGUGGAGUGGAUUUUAGAAGAGGAAAAACAUGUCAAGCAGAUUUUGUCUGAGUCAUCGGAGAUGUAUUUUCCUUUCUGUCUUUAUCACCCGUAUUUAUUCUCGAAGAGCUGCCUGAAUUUACAGGUGCAAGUUAUGUUUUGAGGAAGCCCCCUCCUCACGUCUGAGGCGGCACGUGCAGCCCCAUGACAGAUGCCAGGCAAGCCAGAUGCCAAAAGCCUCAUCUCCCCGGGCUCGCCUGGUCUGAGCCCACCCUACCAGCUGGGUGUGCACACCGUAUCCAAGUCUUCCUUUUUGAUGCCCACACCCACACCUCCGCCUGCCAUCCUGUUUUUCCCUUUAGGCGCCCACCUCCCAAAUUACUUCUAAGAAUUUUCCACUUUAAAAUAUGCUGACCCUUUUUUUUUUUUUUUUUUUU